AUGCCUUUGGCUAUUGAUUUGCUGCACCCCGAACCAGAAGCUGAGCGCCAGCGACACAAGCUGAAGCGCCUUGUUCAGCACCCCAACUCGUUCUUCAUGGACGUCAAGUGCCCCGGAUGCUUCAAGGUUAGAUUAAUUUUUUUUGUUUCUGUUUCUGAACGUUACACGCUCACUUUGAAACAUCAUUCUCCAAUUCCAUUUAAAUCUAAAAUAAGCGUUUUUUUCUUGAUUAAUUUAUUCUGUUUUUCAUACCACUUAUCUAAGCAGUAAAAUUACUUUUUUUUUUAAUCAAGAAAAACAAGAUGACGUCAUUUGUUUACGAGCAGAAAUAUAUUUGUGAAUGAUGUCACUUGCGAAUGAAGAAUUAAUUUCGUUUACUUCAUCUUCAUUUAUCCUAUCGAUAGGGUUUAGUAAAGUGUUCAAGACUUUGCUGAAAUUCACUGAAUUAUAUAUGCCUUAGGGUGAACAUUUUUUGAGUUAAUGUAGUCUGAAUAUUUCAUUUUCUACAUAUUCCAUGUUCAACUUUAUUUCCGCAAAAUGUUAAUUUAAUUCUGACUCUAAAUUUUAGUUAUCUUUUUCUUUCUCUGGCGGCUAUCACUUUGAACACAGCAUGUUUUUUUAGAUGAACUGCGAAUUUUAACUUCUUUUUUUCUGAAGCUUUUGGGCUCCCAAGGGCUUGUUCUGAAAGGAAAAAACAAACGAAUUUGCCAUUAAAGUUUUAUAAUCGAGAAAAAUUGCUAUGGUUUUUACUAUGUAGCAACUUCGAUUCUGUGCGCACUUUGAAAAAGUAAAUAGAGAACCUUCAGGACUGAGCUGUUGACAGUUUUAAAAUAACUAUUUUCUGUACCUUUUUAAAUUUACUUAUGGGUUGAUGUUUCAGAUCACGACCGUUUUCUCGCACGCCACCACCGUCGUCGUUUGCGUCGGAUGCAACACCGUUCUUUGCCAGCCGACCGGUGGAAAGGCGAAGCUUACCGAGGGAUGCUCUUUCCGCAAGAAGCAAUAA